UAAUUAUCCCAGUCUAUAAUUUCUCUCUCCCCGAAAUAUAAUAAAACUCUCAUUUUUCACAUUUCGAUCUUUCUUCGUUCCAAACCCCACCGCCAUCAUUCACCGAAAAGUUGCCGGUUUUUUCAACCCGCUCCACCCUCUCCGAUCGCCGGUUUUCAAAGGCUCGGAUUCUUGACCCUUGAAGCUCGUGUUUUCUUCUUCUCCGAUCUACGGUUGACUUGGAAAUUAUUUGAUUAGGGCGUCGCAAAGGCUUGGAUGACAUCGGAUUGAAUUUGUUUCAGGUUUUUGGAUACCUCUGCUGAAAAGAUUCCAUUAGGAAGUGUUCUGGAUGAUUAAGUAGGAAGGAUUCUCUGAAUAUUCAUUCAUGGCAUCAAGAUCCUAUAUAAACUUCUUAGACUUGGCUUCUGGAGACCUAUUGGAUGUUCCUCAUACACCCCGAGUUCUUCCUCGGGUGAUGACUGCUCCAGGUGUCAUUUCUGACGUGGAUGGUUAUGGCAGUAAUGAUGGGGAUUCAGAUGUUUGUCGUGAGAGGAAAAUUAUAGUGGCAAAUAUGCUACCUUUGCAUGCCAAAAGAGAUACAGAAACUGACAAAUGGUGCUUCAGCUUGGACAAGGAUUCACUUUAUUUACAAUUGACGGAUGGUUUCUCUCCCGAGACAGAGGUACUUUAUGUGGGUUCUCUUAAGGUUGAAAUAGAUGCUAAUGAACAAGAUGAGGUUGCACAAACCCUGCUUGAGGAUUUCAAUUGUGUGCCUACAUUUCUACCCCAUGACCUCCAGAAAAAGUUUUAUCUUGGGUUCUGUAAGCAACAACUUUGGCCUCUUUUUCAUUAUAUGCUACCUAUGUGCCCAGAUCAUGGUGAUCGCUUUGACCGCUUGCUUUGGCAGGCCUAUGUUUCUGCAAACAAAAUAUUUGCAGACAAGGUUAUGGAAAUACUUAAUCCCGAGGAUGAUUCUGUUUGGGUUCAUGAUUAUCACUUAAUGGUUCUCCCAACAUUUUUGAGGAAGCGGUACAAUCGAGUCCGGCUUGGAUUCUUUCUCCACAGCCCAUUUCCAUCAUCAGAGAUAUACCGAACUUUGCCGGUUCGGGAUGAAAUUUUGAGGGGACUGCUAAACUGUGAUCUAAUUGGUUUCCACACAUUCGAUUAUGCACGACACUUCCUCUCAUGCUGCAGUAGAAUGUUGGGCCUGGACUAUGAAUCAAAGCGUGGACACAUUGGACUUGAUUACUUUGGCCGCACAGUUUAUAUCAAAAUUCUACCUGUAGGUGUACAUAUGGGUCGGCUCGAAUCUGUGCUGAAUCUUCCCUCAACAUCUGCUAAAAUUAAAGAAAUUCAGGAACAGUUUAAGGGGAAAAAGGUUAUUCUUGGUGUUGAUGACAUGGACAUAUUUAAAGGCAUCAGCCUGAAACUUCUAGCUGUCGAACAGCUAUUGCAGCAGCGUCCAGAGCUGCAAGGCAAGAUUGUUCUGGUUCAAAUAGUGAAUCCUGCAAGGGGCUCAGGGAAAGAUGUCCAGGAAGCAAGGAGAGAAACAUAUUUAACUGCCGAAAGGAUUAAUGAGGUUUAUGGUUCACCUAAUUAUGAGCCAGUGAUUCUAAUUGAUCGUCAUGUUCCACGAUUUGAGAAGUCUGCCUAUUAUGCUGUAGCAGAAUGUUGCAUAGUGAAUGCUGUGAGGGACGGUAUGAACUUGGUACCUUACAAGUAUAUUGUUUGUAGGCAGGGUACUCCAUGUAUGGAUGAAGCUAUGGGUAGAAAGUCCGAUUCUCCUAGGACAAGCAUGCUUGUUGUGUCUGAAUUCAUUGGCUGCUCACCUUCUUUGAGUGGAGCAAUCAGGGUUAACCCUUGGGACAUUGAUGCUGUGGCUGAUGCCUUGGAAUCAGCCAUCACCAUGCGCAAUUCUGAGAAGCAAUUGCGGCAUGAGAAACACUAUAGGUAUGUGAGCUCUCAUGAUGUAGCUUAUUGGGCUCGCAGCUUUAUGCAGGACUUAGAGAGAGCGUGCCAAGGUCAUUACAGUAAACGAUGCUGGGGGAUUGGCUUGGGUCUGGGAUUUAGAGUUGUUUCCCUUUCACCUGGAUUUAGGAAGUUGUCCAUUGAUCACAUUGUCUCCGCAUACAGAAGAACUGACAGAAGAGCAAUAUUUCUGGACUAUGACGGUACUGUUGUUCCCCAAACUUCUAUUAUUAAAACCCCCAGUGCUGAAGUCAUCUCUGUUCUGAAUGUUCUUUGCAAAGAUCCCAAGAACAAUGUAUUUAUUGUAAGCGGGAGGGGGCGGAGUUCUCUGAGUGAGUGGUUUGCUCCAUGUGAGAUGCUGGGAAUAGCAGCCGAACAUGGAUACUUCUUAAGGUGGAAUCGAUCCUCUGAAUGGGAAACCAGUCCAGUUUCUGCUGAUCUUGAUUGGAAAAAUAUUGUGGAUCCUGUGAUGAGAUUGUAUACAGAAGCAACUGAUGGCUCUAACAUGGAGGUUAAAGAGAGUGCUCUGGUAUGGCACCAUCAAGAUGCAGACCCUGACUUUGGAUCUUGUCAAGCCAAGGAGUUGUUGGAUCAUCUGGAAAGUGUACUUGCUAAUGAACCUGCAGUUGUUAACAGGGGCCAGCAUAUUGUGGAAGUUAAGCCCCAGGGAGUGAGCAAAGGGUUGGUUGCUGAAAAGGUUCUUCUGAGAAUGGUCAAUAGUGGGAAACCCCCGGAUUUUGUGAUGUGCAUUGGAGAUGAUAGAUCUGAUGAAGAUAUGUUUGAGAGCAUAUUAAGCACAGUCUCUAGUCCAUCCUUGCCUGCAGCUCCGGAGAUAUUUGCUUGCACUGUUGGCCGAAAACCAAGCAAGGCUAAGUAUUAUCUUGAAGAUGCUACUGACGUCGUGAAAAUGCUUCAAGGACUUGCUACUGCCUCAAGCCCAAAACCUCGGCAUCUUGCUCAUAUCCAGGUUUCUUUUGAGAGUUCUGUUUGAGUUAGUUAGAGCGGAGUGCUUGGCACAGAUACAUGAGUUCCAUAUACUUGAAAACCAUUGUUUUGCUCGGAGGGAUCUCUUAUUUGAAUCAGGAGAGAAGUUUUGGUAAAUCUGAUGCAAUGAUGCAGUUCAUAUCCUUUGUGAGCUCCUGAACCUUUGCUACAAGUUGUUUUGGUUGGCUUGUCAGGAUAUCAUGGAGAAGUUGACAGCACUUUGUCGUUGUAUAUGGUGACAUCUUGUAUCUACGCCAGUUGGCCGCGGGAUUAGAUUUCCAAAUGUCUAUAAAUUGGCUGUUUUUAUUGAUAGGGCACCGCUACGUUGUAUAGUUACACUUGUCACAAUACGUUAUUGCAGUUUGAUCUGAUGAGAUAUAUGAGUCCAUUCUUUCUUA